GCGUCAAUUCACGCACUGCUGCUAACGGAUUACAACCAUGAUCGCCGCGCACCGCGGGUGGGAAGCGUGCCUUGCUUUGUGCUGUUGCUGUGACGUUAAAACGUGGACUCUUUCCUCACCGGCCUGCUGUCUCCUCUCCAUCUCCACGCCUUUCUGUAGACCAUGACGCUCAGUUUGAUCCGGGCUCUUACGGGGCUCUUGAUGCUGCACAAUGUUGUCGCGAGCCCACAGUAUUCUACCCCGCCGCCGCUCGAUCAAGGCCAAUUGGGUGCUGUCGCAUCUGAGAGCAGUAUCUGCAGUCGUAUUGGAACCGAUUUGCUAAAACAGGGCGGGAAUGCAGCAGAUGCUUUAGUGGGGACCGUGGCUUGUGUUGGUGUGAUAGGCAUGUACCACUCAGGGAUUGGUGGUGGUGGUUUCAUGAUCGUCCGCUCGCCCAACGGCACAUACGAGUUCAUCGACUUCAGAGAAACCGCCCCGAAAAGUGCGUUUGAGGACAUGUACAAAGACAACGAAGACGCUAGCCUGAAUGGUGGCCUUGCAGCAGGCGUACCUGGUGAACUCCGUGGACUCCAACAUCUUCACGAAAAGUACGGCAAAUUGCCCUGGUCCACUGUCUUGCUCCCAGCUGUCAAAGUAGCCCGCGAAGGCUGGACCGUGAAUCAAGAUCUCGUAAAUUACAUCAAUUCCGCCAUCGGCUCGACGGGGAAUGCUACUUCCAACUUUCUGGUCAAAGAUCCUGCGUUUGCCAUUGAUUUUGCACCUCACGGACGGUUACUGAGGCUCAAUGAGACCAUUACUAGAAAGAGAUACGCGAAUACACUAGAGACAAUAGCCUACGAAGGCCCAGAUGCUUUUUAUUCCGGCCCGAUCGCAGAAAGUACUAUCCGCACCAUCCAAGCCCGCAAUGGCACCAUGACGCUGGAGGAUCUCAAGAACUACACUGUUGCUAUCAGGAAGCCGUCGACAAUCACAUACCGCGAUUAUAAGCUUACUGCAUGCAGCGCUCCCUCUGGAGGCGAAGUCACACUCGCGAUCCUCAAGAUUCUGGAGGGGUACGAUGAUUUAGGCGAUCCGUCUACUGUGAAUCUCACCACGCAUCGUCUCGACGAAGCAAUGAAGUUCGCCUACGGCAUGCGCUCAGAGCUUGGGGACCCCUCAUACGUUUCUGGCAUCGACGCCUACCAAGAAGCUAUGAUUUCGGCUGCCACGGCAGCCGAAAUACGUGCCAAAAUUAGCGACAAUCAUACUUUUGACACGUCAUACUAUGACCCGAAGGGCCUGGAGUCGCUCGAGACCCCGGGUACUUCACACGUUGUAGUGGCGGACCACACGGGGCUCUCCAUCAGCCUCACAACGACUAUCAAUACGCUGUUUGGUGCGAAACUUGCGGACAACGAAACUGGCAUAUAUUUGAACAAUGAAAUGAACGAUUUCAGCAUCCCCAACGUCACGAAUGCAUUCGGCUACAUCCCUUCGCCUGCGAAUUUCGUUCGCGCCGGCAAACGACCCCUAUCCUCCAUCUCCCCGGUUAUCGUCGAACAUCUCAAUGCCACGUCACUUGCGUCGGCCCUCUAUGUGGCUAUUGGCGCUGCAGGCGGCUCCCGCAUUAUCACCGCGACGGUACAGAAUCUUUUGCACAUCCUCGACGGCGGUCUCUCAACGGCAGCAGCACUCGCGCAGCCACGCAUCCACGACCAGCUGAUCCCCGCACAGAUUAGUUUCGAAUACGCUUUCAGCAACGAAACGACGGCGUUUUUGAAAGAAUUGGGGGCGAAUAUUACAUGGGUUGCGCCUGGACAGAGCACGGCGCAGGGUCUUAGGAGGCUGGCGAAUGGGACGUUCGAGGCUGCAGGAGAACCGCGACAAAAGAACUCUGGUGGCAUAGUAGUAUGAGGGGAACAAAUGAAGGGCCAUGCAGCCUUCACGAAUGCGGAUUUACGCAUAUCGAUGCCGAUGCUGGUCA